AAAGAAAAUGUGUGAGUUUUGAUUUUGAUUUUUGAGUAUCAGGUUACCGUUAUGAUUUGACUUUGAUGGUCUUUUUCUUCCACCAACACAAAUUCAAAUUUCAAAACUUGCUUCUCUCUCAACCUUGCCUUAAUUAACCCCAACACAUCACAAACCACGAUCCAUACUCUCUCUUACACUAAACUAAAACGCCCCCCCCCCCAAAAAAAAACUCUCUCUUUCUCUCUUUCACAGUGCUUCACAGCAGAAGCUGCUGCCUCUCUAACCCAAAACGGUAUCUUUUCUCCGAUGGGUGCUUCGGGAAGGUGGUUUAAGUCACUUCUUCCUUUUAGAAAGACCUCAACUUCAACAACCGAUCAAGAUAAGGGUGGUGACAACAAGAGUAAGAAGAAGUGGAAGCUAUGGAGGGCUUCUUCAGAAGGGUCCAUGAAGAAAGUUGGUGGUGGUGGUGGUGGUGCUGCUGCUGCAUCUGAUUCUUCCCUUACUUAUGCGGUGGCCGUGAUGGUUCCCAAAGAUUUCAAGCUCAUCAAGCAGGAAUGGGCUGCCAUUCGCAUUCAGGCUGUGUUUCGAGCCUUCUUGGCUAGACGAGCUUUGAGGGCUUUAAGGGCAGUGGUAAGGCUACAAGCUAUUUUUAGAGGCCGGCUAGUCAGGAAGCAAGCAGCUGUUACUCUAAGAUGCAUGCAGGCUCUUGUUCGAGUUCAGGCGCGAGUGAGGGCAAGGAAUGUGAGGAAUUCUCCAGAAGGGAAAGCUGUGCAGAAAUUACUUGAUGAGCAUCGCAACCAAGCUGAUCCUUUUAAUCAAAUUGAGCAAGGAUGGUGUGAUAUUCCUGGAACUGUGGAUGAAGUUAAAGCAAAGCUACAAAUGAGGCAAGAAGGAGCCAUCAAGAGGGAUAGAGCAAUGGCAUACUCUCUCUCCACACAGCAGUCAAGACUGUGUGCUAGUCCAAACCCAAAAGCCACUAAGGCAAUGACUCCUCUCAAGAAUAACAACCUAAGCAAUAAGAGCUUAGGAUAUAGCUUGUUGGAACGCUGGAUGGAAGCCAAGCCAUGGGAGAGUCCAAUCUCAAGGAAGAGUGAAGGCCUUGUUCCUGCUUUUCAAUCAAGAAGGAAUGGUAUGACAACUAGGGUUUCUGUUAAGCCUAUUAUAACCAGUCAAUCCACUUCAUCAUCUUCGGCCAUAAGCUCUGAGUACAUGUGUGAUGAUAAUAGCCCUGUGUCAACAUCUUAUACAUCUGGAUCUCCAUCUUUGCCAUCCACCCACACUGCUUUGGUGGAAGCAACAGAGGAAAGAGAUGCUCAUCAACCAAGCUACAUGAGUCUGACAGAAUCAACUAAGGCUAAACUGAGAGCUUGCAGGAGUUCUUCACAGAAUUCAAAGAGACUUGUUAUGGAGGACAGUGUGUCUCACAGCACAACAACAGGCCUUAUGAAUGGAGAUACUAGAAGCUGUUCUGAUUCUGAUCCUUCAGUUAACUUGUGGAAGGAUUCUUGUGCAACAACUCUAAGGGCAAGUUAUCAAAAACGACAAAUUAGGAUAUGAGUUUCUGUAACAGUGGCAGAUGUUGUUUACUUUCAAUGAGUUCAACAGCUUGUUGUCCGUUGUCACCUUCACAAAUUAGGGAUGAGUUUUCUGUAACAGUGGCAGAUGUGCAAGUUAGGAUAGAGGGGCUAAUUGACAGUGUAGAUAAUAUAAGUGGUUUUGUUUUGUUUUGUGUGAAGAAUGAAAUAGCAAAAUAAGUACACUACUUCAAUCUGUAUGGUGCUUUGUGCACUAAUAUAUGCUUUAUGUAUGAAUUAUCUAAACUCUUGAGUAGAAAUCGAGCUUAAGAUGAGAUAAUAUUAUUCACUUAUUUUGGAAGCUA